AUGCCGAACACCUUCCCAGCACCACGGCUUCCGACUGGGUUCCCAUUGGCGCACUUGCUCCGGCUGAACUUCAGCACCUCCAGCUUCUGCACGUUCUCGUAUGCGCUGCGCCCGCUCUUUCCAGAUGCUCGCCGCAGUGUGAACGGAGCUGGCGGAUACUCUCUGGAAGGCGGGCCCUUCCUCUUGUUGGAAUCACUCGCGGGACGAGACAAACUCCCCCAGCCGCUGUCCUCCUUGCCGUCUUUCUUCUCUCUGUCUUCGUUGCUCUUACGUUCCUCCUCCCUCUGUUUGUGGAACGCUUGCUCGUAAACCUUAUCCAUCUCAGUUUCGCUACUCUCCGUGAGUGUGUGGUGUGUGGACCGUCAAUAUUUUGCACAACCCCCCGGGGGGGGCUUCCCCGGGGUAGCGUUGGAAAAACCUAACCCCCCGCGGUACGUCAAUUUCCCCCCGGGGGGGUUGGUUUCAAAAAAAAAAAACGAUCCCCUCCCCGGGGGGAAAACUCCGUAGUUUACGAUACUUAGCACCCUUUACCACGAUCUAAUGCACCUACACCUGUAUACACGGUGCUGUGACCUCACUCCGACCGGUGGUAUUGAGGUCAAAAGACUCUUUGCCUUGCUGAAUCAACCAUUGCUUUUGACAAGGUCGAAAUACGCCCUCGGAUCCACGCUCAUAUGUGAACCAUGCCACUACUGUACCAAUGUUUACAACUUCGAAGUAUAAAUACUGUUGAAGAUUCGCGUGUCAUGAAGCUUGCGUGUACUGUGGCCUAGACUAUGCAUACGAAAUUUUGGUGUGCGGCUUUCCUUCUCAAUAAAUGCAACCACCGCUCCAUCACUACCGAGUGGUAUGCUCCAACAGCAAUAACGUAUUUCCUGAGAACAAUCUUCGUACAUGGACAUGAGGCUUUGUUCGUGAUGGUGGUCUGCCUGUAGGUUCUCUCCCGUGCGAUCUGCAUGCGGAGAACCCUCAGCGCCCUUUACUGCUUUUGUGUGUUGGUUUGUAUCAGAAUUCCACACGCCUCGCAAAGAGCAGUUUGUUGUUAUCCGCGGCGCGAAGGGCGAUUCAAGGGAAGGUGAACAGGAAAAGGGUUGGCGAGAGGGAUGGCUGCCUCGCCUGCUACCGGGACCACCGCCACGGACACUGCCUUUCCCUACCGCUCGGUGGUCAUUCUGGCUUUGGUCCUCACAACCAACGGUUACACGCUGACCAACCUCUUCCCGUAUGUGGGGACGAUGACGAAGCACCUCUUGGGCCUCUCCACUACUAACGAGUUACUACGCCGGCUACGUCGCGAGCUCUUUCACGUUUGGCCGAUUCUUGAGCGCAUAUAUUUGGGGGAAUGCGGCGGACACAAUCGGGCGAAAACCCGUGGUCAUUGUGGGCCUGUCGAGCAUCAUGGCGUGUUCCGUGGUCUUCGGGCUCUCCACCAGCUUUGCGAUGGCCGUUGGGUCGAGGUUCGUGCUGGGACUGACAAACGGAAUCAUGCCUGCCGUGCGGACCAUGACGCGCGAGGUUUGCGGACCUGAUCACGUCGUGUCAGGAAUGAACUACAUCGCCGGUUCGAAAGGCGUGGGUCUCGUGAUGGGCACAGCGAUCGGUGGUCUGCUGGCGCAGCCUGCCUCAACCUAUCCGGCUGUGUUUUCUGCUACCGGGGUGUUCGCAAGGUGCCCCUUCCUGCUUCCAAACCUAGUUGGGGCAGGGUUUGCUCUCGUCAUGCUAGCUCUUGUUAUUGUUUUCCUGCCGGAAACGAGAACGUCCAACAAGGCACACGCCCAAGCUGCCCCACACCGUGAGGCUUCUCCCGCCUCCAGCGCAACGUCUGUGGCCGGGAGGAAGCUACGAAGAAGCAGCAGGAAUCAGCUGCAGUACGAACCCCUCAAGGACAAUGAGGACGCCGACAGCGAGCAGCGGAAGUCCGCUGUCAGUAAGUACAGGUCAAAUAAAAAUCGCGAUGCGGCCUCUCCUACCGGCACUGAGCUCGUGCUUCAGGGAAAGAGUGGCAGGAUGACCACGAAUCGCUUCGAACCUUUGAACGACGAUGGAGGGCGGGGCAUCCAGAACGAUCGAACAGACAACAGUUGUUCCGGCGGCGAAGGAGAAGACGUACCGGGUCCGUCCCGCGCCGAAGAAGUAGAGCCUGGGAUGUGUGAGGCCGGCGGAUUGCUGUCGACGCCGAACGUCAAGAUGGUCAUCUUCAUCGCGGCGAUGGUUCAGAUGUUAUCAAUUGGAUUCGAUGAGGUCUAUCCUCUCUGGGCGGUCAGCACCACCGACGUUGGAGGCAUGGGCUGGACCCCCGCGCAGAUCGGGAAGGCAUGUUUUGGUCGUGACAGGCACGAUCUUGGCGAUCUGUACGUUGGGCAUCUACCCUCGCCUAAUCAAAAUGAUGGGCAUGGUGACGUGGCAGCGAACCGGAUGCCUGCUGGGCGUUCCGAUUUUUCUCGCCGUUCCCAACGCCAAGUUCUUGAGCUGGAACGAGAGCAGCCUCUUGGUCGUGUCGGCCCUAACCAACUUUCUCGCGUUUUACAGCAUUACCACGAUCAUGCUCCCGUUGACAGUGGCGUCGACGACCAUGGUUCCGCAGCACCAGCGCGGUAAGCUCAGCGGGCUCUUUAUGACGUCGGAGAGCCUCGGCCGCUUCCUCGGUCCGGCGAGCUACUCGAAUAUGUUCGCGUGGUCGAUAUCCCCUCCCGCGCAGGGCUGGGUGGACUACCGCUUCGUCUUCUACUUUUCCGCCGGGGUCAUGGCCGCAAUUUCGGCUCUAGGCUGGAAACUAUUCAACUCUGAAGCCCUGGCAAAGCCAGUAGGACCGGGGGGAAGCGGUGACGAGUCGGGUAGCGGGCCUGCCGCCGUCGCCGGAUCGUAUGGUGCCACUGGACCUGUGAAACAAGCUCUCAUGUCAAGCCCAGGCGGGAGCGAAGGCUCGGCGAGGCGGAAGACGAAGUCCUUUGAGGCGGUGGGUGCGUUUCGAAUAACAGAGCAAGAAAACUCGAGUUCGGAGGCAUUCGUUUGAUGUCUCCUAGGGUGGUGUGUUCUUCACACGUGCCUAGUGUGGGGGUGUACUGUAUGGGUGCGUGCACAAGUCGUGGGGUCAGGUGUCCCAGGUGCAACGUGUGGGACGCUGCAGCCUCGUUUGUUUGUGUCGUUUCGUUGGUAUGGGUGGCCGCCGUUAACCACUUGAGACAAGGGCACUGGGGGUGUUGUUAUGUGUCGUCCUUCGUAUUCCAAACAUUUGUUUUUUCUUAUGCUGCUUCUCCCAGUCACUUCAAACGCAGAAAAUUAUCUUGUCUAGUGCGGCGUGCUGUUAGCGAAAAAGUAAUCCCGUAAGAAAUACUCACCGCUGCGUUUGAAAACGUGAACAUGGAAUUGAGAACUGCAGUAUUUUGAAUCCAAACCCAGAAGGAUAAGGUGUAGGGAUGGGGUAAAGUAGAACAGAGCCAAGGAAGGGUAGGAUCCAUCACCUACACUCGGAAAAGUGGUGGGCCAACAGAAAAAGAUUUAUCGAAUAACAGCACAGGAAGUAUCCAUAUUUAAUCCGAGUGUGAGGCAAGCGCGUAGAUACCUGCGGUCGAGAGGUGUGUGCUUUGGUGUGUUUCGGUGAUGAUGCCUUUGGUUUUCGCUCGAAAAAAAUCGCGGCUUUGCCGCGAAAAAUACGAUUUUGGAACUUUUUUUUUGUUUUGUGUAUCUUGCGUGUUAUCCGUCAGGUUGUUCAUAGGGUGGGCGACUAUAUCUCAGACCCACGACGCUCCCUGCAACCAACCGUGCCAGUCGCGUCGCGUUUGGUGGCUUGUAGCCUGUUGCUUUUCGUCCCACGCGUGUCUUCGAAACGACCUGAAACUCGUGUUUGUCUCGUCGUUUUUCCUUGAGGAGUGGGGAGACGGGUGGAACUGCUUCGGAUACCCCCGUGUGGUGAUGGGACCCGUGUUGUGCUGUGACUACACAUGCUGUGUUCGUCCAAUUUGCGUAGAAUAUUGUUCUGCCAAGGCCUUGCUGACAGGUGCAACGCUUGUGGCGCCGAUUCCUCUACGCUGGCGCCGUCCCUUGGCUCAAUUUUGUUGCGUUUUUUUUUUCGUGUUUCCGGCCUGUUUAGCAAGUCUGAGAAGAGCACUGAAAAGUUGUAAGCGGAUUUUGCGAUGGUUGUGGUCGACAUGCGGAGGUAUUCAAAAACAAAUAUUGGUAGGAAGCAAUUCGGCAGUUGUUUGGCAUAUAGAGUAAUUCAAGGGGAAUCUACCAACAUCAUUGAAAAAGCGAACUUGGUUCUAUAUUUUGUGGGAGGACGUGGUAAUAACAGUGAUGGUGUCUUGAGAGAACAUUCCGUUUCUACCACCGUUGCUUUCGCGCGCGCAAGAGCAUCCGCUCGCUAUGUGCAAUUAAUUUACCUUGGAGUUGUACCUGUCCAGUCUUAAAAAUUGUUCGUGGAAGUAAAGUUGGGCCAAGUGUUCCAAAUAAAUAUGAGUUGACUUGACAGUGCCGCCCAAGGCACAAAAGUACGAAGUACGAAGCAGCCUUUUUUGCCCU